UCUCGGUGGCACUUUCACACACCUGCUCUGUUUUUGCUUUACGCCUGAAGAGCGGUGAGACUUAGAAACACCUAACAAGCAGCGAACUGAUACAAAUCUCGUCGUCUUUUCUCUGAUUCUGACAAUUUCUUUCCCUGUUUGACCCUCCAUGUGAAAAUAAGUCCUCCUAAUCUGCUGGGACAGUUUAUGACAGUUUCAACUCUGAAUCCACGAUGAACCGUCGAGCUGCACCGAGCACCUCGCUUGCUAACUCCCCGAACGCCACGACCGCACCGGGCCAAACACAACCCGGGGGCCACGGCGCCAACAAGUUCAUGAAUGAACUGCGCAGCCUGCACAAGCCAUCCUGGGCUGUCGGCGCCCUCUCUAUGGUGAGUUUGUGCGUCGUGUUGUCGUGCGUUGUGUGCGUGUGGAAAAAGCGCUUGAUGAAGAAGGACAAGGACAAAGAGAAGGACAAGAAAAAGGGGAACGAGAAAAGCAAGGGAGGCUUUGACACCGAAAUGGAUGGGGGUCACGAUGAGACCCCGGAGCAUGAAAGCAAAGAAACAAACCUCUCAGAAACUGAGCCCAAGGAGGACGAGAAGCUCGGCAGUCUGCAUUUCACGUUAGACUACAACUUCACAGAAAACACACUGGUAGUAGGAAUCCUGCAGGCUGCAGGGCUGCCUGCCAUGGAUGUAGGAGGCAGCUCUGACCCAUACGUCAAGCUCUACCUGCUGCCAGACAAAAAGAAAAAGUUUGAAACCAAAGUUCACCGGAAGACACUGGAGCCAAACUUCGACGAGACGUUCACCUUUAAGGUACCGUACACAGAUCUGGGAGGCAAGACGCUGGUGAUGACCGUGUACGACUUCGACCGUUUCUCGAAGCACGAUGCCAUCGGAGCCGUGAAAAUCCCAAUGAGCGGCGUGGACUUCAGCCAGUCCCUGCAGGAGUGGAGAGAUCUGCAGAAGGCAGAGAAGGAGGAGAGUGAGCGACUUGGAGACAUAUGUUUGUCCCUGAGGUUUGUGCCCACUGCAGGGAAGCUGACUGUCGUAGUUCUGGAGGCCAAAAACUUGAAGAAAAUGGAUGUGGGUGGAUUAUCAGACCCUUACGUGAAAAUCCACUUAAUGCAGAACGGGAAGAGACUCAAGAAAAAGAAAACUACGAUCAAGAAAAACACGUUGAACCCUUACUACAAUGAGUCAUUCAGCUUUGAAGUGCCAUGUGAACAGAUAGAAAAGGUGCAGUUGGCAGUGACAGUGCUGGACUACGAUAAGAUUGGGAAGAAUGACGCCAUUGGGAAGUUAUUGUUGGGUGGAAACAGCAGCGGGACUGAGCUCCGCCACUGGUCAGACAUGCUGGCCAACCCCCGGAGGCCGAUAGCCCAGUGGCACAGCCUCAAACCACAGGACGAAGUCAAUGCACUUAUUUCCAAGAAAUAGAACUUAUGAUAAACCUUAUAUUUACAUCUAAUGUACAUUAUUGCUCUUUUUUUAAAAUCCCUAUUUAUAGAGA